AUGAAGAACGCUACAGUUUCGUACAUGAUUGUGAAUGGGGAGUGGGUUUGCGAUUUCAAGAGACAGUUAAAUAUGAGUGAGCAAUUAGAAUGGGAUUUACUUAAGCGUGACUUACAUCAUAUGCCUGUUUUGGUGGAAGAGGACGACAAAAUGGAGAUUAUGGAAAAUUUUAGUACUUCAAACUGUUAUGAUAAGCUCAUAGGUGAUUUGGAUGAGUGCGGAUUCAAUCAAUCUCUUUGGAAAUCCAAUAUUCCCAACAAGGUUAGUUUCAUUUUAUGGGCUACUUUUCAUGAUUCACUCCCAACUAGGGAUAUGCUGCAUCGUCGAGGUGUUGACAUAGAGAGUGAUCACUGUGUCAUAUGCAAUAAUGUUAGGGAAUCUGCGAAUCAUAUGUUUCUUCAUUGCAUGUACUCUUUUGAAGUUUGGAAGUACUUCAUUGCAUCCUUCAAAAUUGCUUGGUCUAUACCAAGCACGUUACUUCAAUUAUUUGAAGCUUGGAACACCAACAUGCUUCGUGGUAAAGGAAGACAGGUAUGGAAAAUAUUGCAUUAUGCAAUUUGUUGGGUUUUGUGGAAGGAAAGAAAUGGAAGGGUUUUUGGAGGUCGACAUAAGUAUGUGCAAAAAAGUAUUGAUUUGGUAAAGCAAUUGGUAGUUUUAUGGUCUUGUGUUAAUGACACAUUUAAGUAUGUGGAUCCAAGACUUAUUUGGAGUAAUUGGGAUACUCUAAUGUGUAUGUAA